GCCACUUAUUUGCAAGUGUGCGAUACCUUUUUCUUUUAGGGUUUGUGCAAGUCAAGCAUCUUUCCUUUCUUCAGGUUCCCUUGCUGUUUCGAGAGUUCGAUGCUGGUACGAAGUCCGCGUAACUAAGCUGUGAAGCUUGACAAGAAGAAGAUCCAUGCAACUGAAUUUGGAGGGACCGGCUCUUGUUCUUGCCCACCGCAGAGAUCUCUGACAGAGGACCAUUUUUGAGCUCAUGUUUCAUUCAAACAGCAAAGUACCAGUUCCUGAUUUCUAGAAGACUCAGCAAUCUCUUCAUUCACAAGAGUAGUGAUGAUGAAAGUCUUAAGAUGAUAAAGGAUUCACAACAAAGACAGCUAUCAGCUAAACAAGGUAGUGCUACUAAUGACAAAGCUCGAACAAGUAUGGGACUGUGGUCGGGAUUAAAGGAUCCAAGAAUCGUCCGAGUCUCUCGUGCAUUUGGGGGAAAAGAUCGCCAUAGUAAAGUAAGCACUAUCAGAGGAUUACGGGACAGACGAGUAAGGCUUUCAGUCCCAACAGCAAUUCAGUUGUACGACCUUCAAGAUAGGUUGGGUCUUAACCAACCUAGCAAAGUCGUCGAUUGGUUGCUUAAUGCUGCUCGGCAUGAAAUCGAUAAGCUUCCUCCGCUCCAAAUGCCACCGGGAAAUUUCAUUCAGUUCCCUCAAGCAUUGCAGAUGUCUCAUGAAGCAACUCCACGCCUGCAGGCUCCCUCUUGUCCUUCAGGUGAAGAUAAUCUUGAGUACCCAACUGAAAAUGGAGGUCGGCCUUUAGCUUUAUUCUCUAGCAAGGCAAAUCAAGAUGUUUUGGGUGAUGAAGUUGUCGUUGAAGACCUUGCAACACUAUCUAAAUCUAAUCUUUUUAAUUCAGAUGUUCUUCAAAAGACCAAACAAAGAGAAGCAAUGAGGGAGUCAGGUAUUGAGAAAGGCAGCGCCACUGAAGGGGAUGAAAUGGAACAUGAUGCCAGCAUUCAUUGUGCACAAGUUUCAGCUAAUGACCUUCUCUCUAGAACUCAUCAUUCUUCACUGGACUUGCUAAGUAAUGCCAUGCAAUACGGUUGCUACUAUCAGUGGGAGUCUCCAAAUGCUUAUAAUGUAUCUCAUUUAGGAAUUCAUUCAUCUCUAGUGGAAGGCCAACCUACAUCGAAUCCAUCAUCUUUGUCCGCGGGGCCCGCAUCUCAACUUGUAUUUUGCCCUCCUGGAGCAAUGCCAUCUGCAUUUGACUUUGAUCCAAAACAGUUCAGUCACUUUCAAGUUGUCAGCUCGGCUUCAGAAAAUACUCCAUUGAAUCCAACAAGGACUUCUCUUCACUCAGGUAACUCAGCUGUGAGAGCUUUCCAGUCAAACUUAGCCUCUAAGCAUCACCACGCUGGAAACCAAAAUAAGAGCUAGUUUAUAGUUCGAAAGAGAGCAGGCGGAAAGCUGCUAGUGGAUCAAAUUCUGCCUUUCCCAUUUGAAGCAUUUGAUUGUAAUUAAAGACAGUUAAGUGUGCAUCCUUUCAGUGACGAAAGCUUUCGAGUGUUUUAGUGGUUCCAAUAUUCCAUUUCCUUGCUUCUUAUGAUAUAACGAAGUGAUAAGUUUGCUUAUACAGAAUUCUGUUCUUUAUUACAGCAGCAUCAUUUCUUUUACUCGAAGGUGUUAGGUAUAUGUGGGCAUACUUCAUUGAAAGCGAUGCUGCUGAUCACAUGUUUAUUGCCCCAUCCAUGAUGCAUAAUUGA